ACGUCAAGAACGUCAUUCGGUGAAAAUGGUCGCUUCUUUCACGCGUUGGUUUAGGUUUCGUUGAAAGAAAAUCGAAAACUAUCCAUCUUUUUCGCGAAUUCCAUCGGUUCAAUUAGUGAAAAAAUUGAAAUUUAAGUCGCCGCGAGUGUUUUGAUGCGUAAAUCAUUAUUGUAGUCGAUGGAAUAAAAGUGAUAAAUGAGUUAAAAAUUCGCGCGUAGAAUGCUGCGUUGAGAGUGUGGGAAAGAGUGAAUGAAAAGCUUGUUGGAUCGCUGCUAAAUUUUCGGGAUGGAAAUGCAUUUUGUUUGAAUGGAAUACAGUCGCUAAUAGUGUUGUAUAUUAAGCAAAUAAACAAGUAAAUAUUAAGUGUUAGAAGUGCUAGAUAAGAGCAAAGAUGGAGUUUUCACAGCCUCCGCCAGAUCCAAUGGGAGGAGGGAACUAUGCCAACCCGCCCCCCAUCAAUCGCAUUCUGAGCUAUCAGAAUCCUCAGUCGCAAAAGCCUCAGCAUAAUUUUUACCACCAUCGACCGUAUCACCACUUCAAUGGUUUCCGGGGUGGACUGCCCAUGACGCAGGAUGAUUUCGAUGGCAAGCGACUCCGGAAGUCGGUGAUGCGCAAAACGGUCGAUUACAAUGCAUCGAUCAUCAAAGCACUGGAGACUCGUACUUGGGCACGUGAUUAUCGUGAUCGACGGGCCCUCCAGCCCGAAAGUAUCUACAUUCCGGAAUUGCUGCCACCGCCCAGCUACAUGGACAAUCCGACUAAUGCGGUCACUACCCGGUUUGUCAAAACAGCCACUAACAAAAUGCGUUGUCCUAUUUUUACUCUCGCCUGGACCCCGGAAGGGCGACGUCUUGUGACUGGUGCCAGUUCCGGAGAGUUUACGCUUUGGAAUGGGUUAACGUUCAACUUUGAAACUAUUCUGCAGGCCCAUGAUGUGUCCGUUCGGACGAUGGUGUGGUCUCACAAUGACAACUGGAUGGUGACAGGCGACCAUAGCGGCUAUGUCAAGUACUGGCAAUCGAACAUGAACAACGUGAAAAUGUUCCAGGCUCAUAAGGAAGCUAUCCGAGGAAUCAGCUUUAGCCCGUCGGAUUCCAAAUUUGCCAGUUGUAGCGACGACGGCACGGUGCGUGUCUGGGAUUUCCUUCGUUGUCAAGAGGAGCGUGUCCUGAGAGGUCACGGCGCGGACGUUAAAUGUGUCCACUGGCAUCCGCAGAAAGCACUGAUCGUAUCCGGAAGCAAGGAUAACCAACAACCAAUCAAAAUUUGGGAUCCAAAGAGUAAUGUAGCGUUAGCUACCCUGCAUGCUCACAAAUCGACCGUCAUGGAUCUGAAGUGGAACGACAACGGUAACUGGUUGGUGACGGCAUCCCGUGAUCACCUGCUGAAACUGUUCGAUCUGCGAAACCUGAGCGAAGAGGUGCAAGUCUUCCGCGGUCACAAGAAGGAAGCCAGUGCCGUGUCGUGGCAUCCGGUUCACGAGGGGCUGUUUGCCUCCGGAGGUUCCGACGGGUCGAUUCUGUUCUGGAACGUUGGAACCGACAAAGAGGUCGGCGGAAUCGACAACGCCCACGAGAGUAUAGUGUGGACGUUGGCGUGGCAUCCCUUGGGUCACAUUCUGUGUUCCGGAUCGAACGACCAUACCAUCAAGUUUUGGACCCGAAACCGGCCCGGCGAUCAAAUGCGAGACAAGUACAAUCUCAACACGCUACCGGCCAGCUUGGCCGGUUUGGACGAGUGCGAACUGGAUGAUCACGUCGUCAUUCCGGGUAUGGGCCCAGAGGACAAGAUCGACAUUGCGGAUAGUGUAGGCACGAACAACAACGGUGUCAUUCCUGGGCUGGACUUUGCCAACGUGACAAACUUCAACGAAAAGAUGAGGGAGAAGAAAAUUCCGUACAGCAAACCGAUCCCCCGCAACUUCCAAGCCCAAUGGAACGAGGCCAACAAGUACGAAGAGCACCACGAAACGUCCGAAGAAAUCAAAGAGGUCAUAUCGCAGAUUGUCGAAAGCACUCCAGGAGUGCUGCCGCUUAAAAAGAUGGCACCGUCUGCGAUUAUCCUGUAUGACCGAGUCAUACCGAUUCUACCUGGUUCCGAUUUGGAAGCUGUCAUUUUGGAAGGUCCGGCAUCGCUGAACAGAUUCAUCAUAAUGGGACGCAUUCCGGAACUUCAAGAUCUGAUACCGCCCAUCAACGAGGAAGAUUUCAACAACUUGGACGACACCAGGAUAAAACUGGAAAUCGAUCCCACAUUCAUCUACAACAAAACGACGGUGAUCGAACCAUCGGAACCGCCGGAAGCGACCGAACCCUUGCUCUCGUCCACGUCGCUGAUGAAGAGGAGGACACCUCCACCGCCCGCACCGGAUCCAACGGCUGGAAUACCUUCCUUGCUGCAGUUGGACAUAUUCCCUCCACCGGAUAUUAAGUUUAGCACAGAUGAAGUCGAAGAUGAAAUGGCCCUUCGGAACAGUAAAAAGGGCCGAGAACGAGAGAAGCAGAAGGAAAAGGAGCGCCGGGAACAGGAAGAGGAGAAGAAGUUCUGGGCGGAGCAUAACGAGAAGAAUUGGGACGAAGAGGAUAUGGGUGGUAAUAGUGGCUACCCAUCGCCUAGAAGGUCCCCUAUGGACGACAGUCAUAAUACAAACAGUAACGGACAAUGGACUACUGCAAAGUAUAAUACUAUCGAUAACGAUAGCACCGGAUUGGGAGGUAACUCCUGGGAAAUGGAAGUGGACCGCCCGAGUAGUUUAGGCGGUGACAAUAGCAAGGACACCAACAGCAGAGACGAAUUCGGUUUCGGUGGUCAACAGAAAAAUCUCAACUUCAAUCAAGGUCCCCCGAACUUCGGUGGGCCCAACAAUUUCUCUUCCGCAAACUUCAAUUCUGGGCCGAACAGUUUCGGUCCAGGACCGAACAACUUCCAAAACAGGCCAAACAAUUUCGGUCCCUCUGGUCCGAACUCGUUCGGACAGGGUCCACCAAACUCGUUUGGGCAGGGUCCCAAUAACUUUGGACCUGGGCCCAACAAUUUCAAUCCGAACAACUUCAAUCCCAACGUGGGGCCACCUCCGGGCAUGCCACCAAACUUCAAUUCCGGUCCACCGCCGAAUUUCAACUCGGGACCGCCGGGCAACUUCAAUUUCAACGGACCACCACCGCCCGGUCCCCCAGGUGGCUUCAACAAUAACUUCGGCUCGGGUCCUCCACCGCCGAACAAUUUCAACAACUUUGGCAACAACGGCGGUGGCAAUUUUGGUGGUCCGGAUCACGGAGGAAAUAACGACGACGGCUGGAACAACAACCGCGGUGGCAACCGCAACCGGAACAACAUGCGAGGUGGACGAGGUAACCAACGGGGUGGAUUCCGAGGUGGUAAUCGGAGGAACUAAGUCGCCUAGUGGAUAAGUAUUACGGGAAUGUACUGAUUUUGUUUCUCUAGUUUUGGUUUGUACAGCUCACAGUUUAAUUCGGGUUUUAUAAACCACUACCUAACGUUUCAAAAGUAAUAGAUCAAUAUGAGUGUAAGUGCGAAACUUGAGUGAAUGCGUUUAGAGAAUCUGCUGUACAUAAAAAUGCUGAGCCAGUCUGUGCGGGGAUUGUGGAGCUUUAUAUUGGUUGACAGAAAUAUCAAUGAUUGGAAUGCAAAACUUAAGCUGUUAGAAUUUAGAAUAAACUCAAUCUUUGAACAAGAAUAAA